AUGCCCCGUUAUGUGAAGUUCAUGAAGGAGAUAUUGUCUAAGAAGAGAAAAAUGGAGGACUAUGAAACAGUGGCAUUAACUGAGGAGUGUAGCGCCAUUUUGCAAAAGAAACUACCGCCCAAGCUUAAAGAUCCGGGUAGUUUCAAUAUUCCAUGCUCUAUAGGGGGUUCGGUGGAAACUAAAGCUCUAUGUGAUCUGGGAGCAAGCAUUAAUCUAAUGCCCUUGUCUGUCUUCAAAAGGCUAGGAUUGGGAAAAGCAAAGCCCACAACUGUGACUUUACAACUGGCAGAUCGUUCUUUGACUCAUCCUCGUGGGAUAAUUGAAGAUGUACUGGUGAAGGUUGGUAAGUUUAUCUUCCCUGCUGAUUUCUUAAUUCUUGAUAUGGAAGAAGAUUCAACUAUUCCCAUUAUUUUGGGAAGACCAUUCUUAGUCACGGGCCGAGCAUUAAUAGAUGUUCAAAAAGGAGAGUUAAAGUUGCGAGUGCAAGAUGAAGAGGUCAGUUUUAAUGUUUUUGCCCCAACUGACAUUCCUACCUGUUGCAAGAUUGAGAAGGUGAAGGGUUCUUUUGUUAAAGCUGAUAAGAAGAGAGCAAAGCCUAAAGAGAGACUUCGAACGAUUCGUCGUCGUUGGAAAAGAUUGAUGUGUGGUAGUUCUGAAGGUGAACUUACUCUUGUGCAAAACUCUGGAAUUAGCAACAUUGGAGGUCAAUUUUCUUCAUUUGGUACAAGGACCCUAUUGGAUGCAAGAGGUGGACUUGAUCCAAUUUGAAGCAGUAUUGAGGCCAAACCCCUUCUGAUGGGGGUUCAGGUAAGUCUUUCUCACCUUGAAUAUAAUAUCUCAUUGGGGACAAUGUGAAUCUUUAGUUUGGGGGAGGGAUU